ACUAGUUCCACCGUGUCCAGAUUUGACAGGAGUCUUGACGACACCAUGGAUAACACAUACACAGAGCAAAACAACACGAUGCAGCGCUAUAAAACACCGACACACACAUGCAAAGACACAAAGAGGCACAGCGGAGAGGCUUUCUACCUGAGAGACACUUUCUACCUGAGGCUUACCUGAAUCAUGGGCGUCAUCAUCUCACACAUUUUCUCCAGACUCUUCUCCAAGCAUCCCGUCAGGAUUUUGAUGGUGGGUCUGGAUGCUGCAGGUAAAACCACCCUGCUGUACAAACUGAAGCUGGGCGAGGUCGUCGCCACCCUCCCAACUAUUGGGUUUAAUGUGGAGACUGUGGAGUAUAAGAACAUCAGCUUCACAGUUUGGGAUGUUGGUGGGCAGACGAUCAUCAGGCCGCUGUGGAGACAUUACUACGUUAACACACAGGGUUUGAUAUUUGUGGUCGACAGCAACGACCCGGAGAGGAUCAAAGAGGCAUCUGAGGAGCUGCACACACUGUUGCAGGAGGAUGAGCUGAAGGGCAUGGCCGUGCUGGUCUUUGCUAACAAGCAGGAUUUACCCAGAGCCAUGUCGGUCAGUGACAUCAUCGAGGCCCUGAGUUUAAAAGGAGUGACACAGCCGUGGUCAGUCCAGCCGUCCUGCGCCGUCAGCGGCACCGGUCUGGUUGAAGGUCUGGACUGGCUCUCUAAUGAGAUCCUGAAACGGUAGCAGACAUCAGGGGGACGAGGAGUUUUGCUUCACUUUGUUUGUUGAGUCUUCUGUCUUCUAUGAACUGAGGUGAGAGGUGAAUUCAGAAGCAGCGACUUUGCAACUGUUAAAUCGGCCUCAUCACAAGGACAUUUGACGGGAAAUGCUGUCACUCAGAGUCCUAGAAGAGACUCAAAAACAGGAGAUAAAAGUCUAAACGGGGCUAAUUUCCAUGAAUUUUUAUUAACUUUUCAUUUUUUUAAUCACUUUUGUUCAAACUUUCUGAGACAACAAAAUAAUAAUAUAAUUGUAUAUCUACUGUUAUAGCUCUGAUAGACACAGCAUAGAUGGACAUCACCCACUGCUUAAUGAAAUAUUACUGUAAAGCCUCAAGAUUUGUUUGUUUUUUGUUUUUUUUCACCAUCACCAAAUUGUUGUUUUGAAACAAUCAGCUCAUUGGAUAAUAUCUUGUCAGUCACAAUGAUAGCCUGGCUCUUAAAAUGACCAUAAUUAAGUAAAUCAAUGACUGUCUUAUUGAGUAUGACCCAAAACCAGACAUCAUGAAAGUGUUUAGUGGGGUCAGGGCAGAGGGAUGUUUUUGCAUAGAUUUUUAGGACAAUCAGUCUUUUUGCAGCCACAGGUUUCGCCCCCUGGUGGCUUUUACAUUUACUUAAAAACUGAGGGCGUCACUGUUCAGUGAAGCCACCAUUUUUCAUAAGGGUUGGCACAUGGAGGACAAAAGACAUUCAAAAUGCUGAUGGGAAAUUUUAGAAAAGACCACCAAACCAAACCAUGUAAAACGUGGUUAAAUUCACUCAGUUAUAAUGAUAAUAACUGUUGAACAGUCCUCAUUUUUGAUUUGUUCCCCAUUUACAAGCUAUGGCCUUAAUGUAGACAUGACUUGCCUUGAGUUUAAUUGAAGAAGGAUUUUCUAUCUCUGAGUGUUUUCUUAAAAAAAAAAUUAAAGGCACAAGGAGGUGAAAUUAAUCAGAAGUUUAGGAUUUUUUUUAAGAAAAAUUCUAAAUGGUGCACUUUAUUUGAUCAACAGAAGACUCUGAUGGUCCCUCUCAGCUUCCUUAUAACUUUCAUUAUUGUAAAAAAAAAAAAAAAUUAACUGCACUUUUUAUCUCAGGUUAUUUCUUCUAAUUGAUUUCAUUUAUUUCACCAAAGAACUGUUGGAGUCGUUUGUCAUUGUAGCAGAAACACAUGAUUUAGUGGUUAUUUAUGAAACAUGACUGUGAUGUUUAAACUUGGUGUAUGAGGUAAAAUUCUGGGUGAAUGUUUCUAUUAAGAUGUUUCUGUAGCAUUGUGGCUAUUGUUAUUUUUCACAUGAAUUACGUAAAUCUUUCUAAACAUGUUUAUUUUUCCAGAUCCACUUUGUCAUUAUUGUAUAAUAAAGUUGUCAUGGUGGAGAGGUUGUGUAUCUUUGUGUUAUUUUAAU